GACACGGCAGAACACUAUGGCUACACUGACGGAUACUCUGAGAAAAAGGUCGGCGACUUCUUCUGUGAAGACCAGGACGCUGGUUCUUUGGACCGCAGCCGUGUCGUGCUUGCGACAAAGUAUCUCCCUACUCCUUGGAGACAUCCCUGGAGAUAUCCAAACAUCGUCCUUGACUCGUUCCAUGGUUCGAUCCAGAGGACUCGGCUUGGUGGCAUUGAUAUAUAUCAGCUGCAUGGACCUAGUCAUGCUGGUUACUGGCCUCGUCUGGAGACACUUUGUGAUUCACUUGUUUCUGCGUACAAAACGGGAAAGUGCAGGGCCAUCGGCGUUUGCAAUUUGAGUUUCCAGCAGGUGAAACUCGUAUACACUCACCUGAAGAGGAACGAUGUUCCUCUCGUCUCUAACCAAGUUGAAUUUUCUUUGGUGAGGCAAGAUCCCUGGACAGAGGGCAUGAUCGAAAAAUGCCACAAGUUGGGACUGACAACCACGUCGAUUGCCGUCAUCGCAUACAGCCCCAUCGCCUUGGGCCGUCUAACCGGCAAAUACGACCGGUCCAACAGACCACGCGGCAACCGAAACUUCGGCGACAUUGACUGGGACAAAAUCCAGCCGAUCGUAGAUGAGCUUAAGCGUAUCGGUGCGAAAGUCAACAAGAGUCCUGCAGCUGUUGCCAUGAAUUGGGUCAUUUGCAAGGGAGCCAUCCCUAUUCCCACAGUCAAGAACCGAGAGCAGGUCGUUGAUUGCUUGCAAGCUCUAGGCUGGAGGUUGGAUCAAGAUGAUGAGGACAGGCUCGAU